UCAGACAGGUUGAACCGGUGAGAGCAAAGAAGGACAGAGAGAGAGACACACACACACACACACAACAGAACAUCUCCUCUUCCUCGUCGGAAGACAAACCACCCACCACUUUAAAUCCCCCUCAAAACCAACAUUGUUUAACUUGCAGAAUCCUCAAUCCCAUCGAACGACCGCCGAGCAAGAAGAAGCCGGAGAAAGUGCAUUUCUUGAUUACCGAUGGAGCCCGCCACCCAAUUCGCUGAAAUCCCAGAGGCCAACGCCGCCGAGGAGCAGCAGAACCCGCUGGCCAUGGCCCCCUUCGCCACCGCCUCCCUCUCCUUCUCAUUGCCGACCGCCCUCCCCACCACCCACUUCUUCCAGCAGCCCAAGAUCUCCGCCCUCUUCUCCGGCCAGCCCGCUAAGGCCAAGGUCCCCACCCAGGCCUCCUCCCUCGCCCACCUCUCCCUCUCCACCGCCGUCCCCAUCCCCAGCAAGAUUUCCUUCAAGUCCACCAUCUCCGCCAACCCCCUCCAGAGCCCACUCUCCCUCGGCCCCCACCGCCCCCUCGACCCCAACAACGGCGCCGGCCUCCGCAAAUGCUCCAUCGUCCUCUUCCGCGCCGACCUCCGCGUCCACGACAAUGAGUGCCUCAACGCGGCCAACAACGAGUCCAUGUCCGUCCUCCCCGUCUUUUGCUUCGACCCCCGGGACUACGGCAAGUCCCCCUCCAGCGGGAAGGGCCCGUUCCAGGCCUCGUUCAUGCUCGAGUCCGUCGCGGACCUCCGGAACAGCCUCCGCUCUCGCGGGUCCGACCUCGUCGUACGCAUGGGCCGCCUCGAGGAGGUCCUCCCCGAGAUGGCCAAGGCCGUCGGGGCCGAUGCCGUGUACGUCAACAGGGAGGUGUCCAAGGACGCGGUGAAGUCCGAGGAGAGGAUCGAGGCGGCCAUGAAGGAGGAAGGAGUCGAGGUGAAGUACUUCUGGGGCAGCACCCUGUUCCAUGUCGACGACCUGCCCUUCAAGCUCGAGGACAUGCCCUCGAACUAUGGCGGGUUCCGGGAGAAGGUUCAGGGCUUGGAGGUGAGGAAGACCAUGGCUGCUUUGGACCAGUUGAAGGGCUUGCCCAAGAGGGGCGACGUCGAGCUCGGCGAGAUGCCUUCUUUGGCCGAUUUGGGUGUUAACCCGAUUGCUCAGGAGGGCAAGGCGGCUUCUAUGCUUGGAGGAGAGAGCGAAGCCCUGCAGAGGAUCAAGAAAUUCGCAGCUGAGUGCCAGCAGCAGCCCAACAAGGGUACCAGCAGUGACAACAUCUACGGUGCAAACUUCUCCAGCAAGAUCGCUCCAUGGCUCACAAAUGGGUGCAUCUCCCCGAGGACCAUGUUUGAUGAGCUCAAGAAGACUGCUUCCAAUGCAAUCUCUGCUGCUAUUAAGCCGAAUGAUGGCGGUGAUGGUGGAUCCAACUGGUUGAUGAAUGAAUUCUUGUGGAGGGAUUUCUUCAGAUUCGUCGCCAAGAAGUACAGUUCCCCAGUCGGUGCUCCAACCCCAGUGGGCGCAGGAGCUCUGGCUUGAGAUUAGGAUAUGUAGCAUUUCAUCAGCCGUGGCGAAGACAUCUUCAGGAUCGGUUUCCUCCAUUGGUUAAUUUAUGAAAUCGUAAAGUCUGUAGCUCCACGGAGGUUUGAGUACUAGGGAGGUUUCUACAGGAGAAGCGGGGGGUCGAUGGAUUGAUGGGGUUGGUCUUUGUUUUGUGUCUUUUAUCUUAUGGGUGCCAGAAUAAACAUGGUGAAUGCAAACAAUGGGAAUGAAAGCAUUUCGUUAUAUUUCUAUAGAAAUUGGCUUACUGUUUGGCAAA